GUAAUUUUACAGAUAUGGCAUGCAGUAGACUAGCAAUCAAUAUGAACUCUUAUGUGGCCUCCAGGCUUACUGCAGCGGCACAAUUCACAUUGAGAUAUAGUAUCUAUCCUUCUCCUGUCAGUAUCUCUGAAAUGACUUCAGCUCAAGCUCUAAUAAUCACCAUAUUUCAUUCCUUCUUGUAUAAAGACAUUGAAACAAUCCAUAGUUUACUUUCUAUUAGUAAAUUUCUUCCUCAACUUAGAUCAUCCUUUAUCCAAGUUUGGCUCAGAGAUGAUUUCAACUUCCAAAGAAAAGAUGUUGCUAAAGUUUUGUCUGCAGUCGCUCAUUUCAUCCAGGACCAAGGACCGAUUAUACCUGAUUCAAUUCUAUUUGCUAUCUGUGGGUUGGAAGAGAAAUACGACAUCUUCAACUUCUUUCAACAGAAUGGGGAUGAGUUUGGUCAGCAACUAUUAGCUUACCUCAAUCCAUUGGUCAGUCGUGGUACUCAAGUGGAACAACAUCUCUUACAGGAAUCAGAAGAAAAGUGGAAGGCCAAAAUUUCACCGAAUGACUUACAAAGAACCAAUCAGCAAAAACUAAUGCAAUCAUUGCAUUUUGAUGAACUUGACUUGGCAAAGUGUCCACCGAUUCGACCACCAAGGAGAAACAGACUAAGGAGAUCUGGUACUUUGCCACCAUCUUCCAAGUUCAGACAUAAUUAUGCAGAAAGACUCGAGUCAGAAGAGGUACAAAGAAACGUGAUCUCCACACCAGCUACGGACCAGCCAUCAGCUCCCACACUUUCAACGGCUAUUCAGUUACGCUUGGAAUCUGCCCUGGAAACUGGUGAUCCUUCUUCUAUCGAGCAGGCCCUUAAUGCUGGAGCCAAUCCCAAUCUCACAAUCAGAAGUGUUUACAGUUCACCACUGCUCUAUGCUGCUAGUAAAGGCCUCGAUACCGUUCUCAGAGUUCUUCUGCGUUAUGGGGCAGAUGUCAAUGCCUGUGAUCAACUAGGUUGGGGUCCGCUGCACACAGCUACAUAUUACGGACAUCUCUCUUCAGUACAGAUUCUCUUGGAUGCUGGUGCUAGGUCUAGAAAUGAUAAAAUCUCUCCUCUCCAGAUUGCUGUGGCCAGGAAUCAUAAAGAGAUUGUUAAACUACUCAUUCGUUAUAUAUCUACAGAAGUAUGAUAAACAAUAUUCUUAGGUAAAAUAUAAUCAAAUCAUUCCUCUAAUUUUAUGUUGUUUACUGAAUAAGAAUGAUGCAUUUUCAUAGCCGUAACUCUAUAUGGCACUUGUACACUUUAGUGCAAAAUUAAAUCUUUGGCAUAUUAUUUCCUUUUCCUUAGUAAUUUUAAUAAUACAUUUACUUGGUACAAAAAAAAAGAAUAUUGUUAGUUUGAAUCUAUUUUAGCACACACAUAUACAUGGUGUACCAAAAACGUUGCGAAUUUUGCUCUUCAUUUGGGUAAAAAUAAAGUCUGCAUUAACCAUCAUCUCAAAUUUAUUGGUUUAAUAGAAAAUUAAACUUCAAUAUUUUAUUUUUUUAGUUUUGACUAUUGUUCACAUUAAAAUACUGCCAGCUUUUCCAAAAAUGAUCUUUCUCAAAUCUGAAGUUUUACUAAUGAUAUAGUUGGUAUUAGUUAGAAAUAUGAUUUAUAUAAUAUCAUAUAUUGAUUGGCAUAAUAAUCAACUAUUCCAAGUAUGCAUGAUAAUCAAAGUCUUCUAUCUCUUACCAUAACUUAUAAUAUGACAGUGAUGUUAAUUGUAUUUAAAAUUCAAAAAUGGUAUCUUUGUUCCGCAGGCAUAAGAAAUAAAAGAAGUGUUUAAGAAUAUUGUGAUCGUUUUUAUUUGUUUCACAUUGUGCAUCUGAAGAUAUGAUGUAUCCUAUCAAUAUGCCAAAGUUAACUAUUAAAUACUAUGUGAUACUAUGAUAAAUUAUAAUUAAGAACUUCCUUAUUAAAAGCUGUGUUGUAAUUAAUAUUUUAAACAAAUUUGUGUAAUAUAAACAUAAAAUUUAUUUUAAAAAUUUAUAAUACAACUUGUUUGUAGUUUCUUCUAAUCAAGUUGUAUA